AUGUGGUGUCUUGAACAGGGUUUGGCGCCGCCUCCUGCGUCGAAGAUGCUGAUCGAACUCCUCAUACUUUUCAGCUUGACCGGGUGUUUUGCCUUCGCAAAGCUACUAUCCGGAGCUUCAGAACUGAGCGCCACGGGUUACGAUUUCGUGAUCGUGGGAGGUGGGACUGCUGGCAGCGUCUUGGCAAAUAGACUAUCAGCCAACAAAACCCAUUCAGUCCUUGUCCUUGAGGCUGGCCACAGCGAUGAGGGUGUGCCGGCGUUGGAGGUGCCCGGCUUAGCUGCUAGUCUUCUUGCGAAUGAGUCCUUGAUAUGGGACUACACGACGGUCAAUCAAGCAGGCCUUCAUGGUCGCUCCCUUGCUUAUCAAAGGGGUCGCGUUCUCGGCGGCUCAAGCUCAAUCAACUUUAUGUUCUUCACCCGCGGAUCGCGGGACGAUUACGAUCGUUUUGCAGACUUCACGGGCGACGACGGCUGGUCUUGGGACGCGCUAUUCCCUUACAUGCUCAAGGCCGAAGACUUCGUCGAGCCUGUGGGAGGGUUCAGCUCAGCGGGCGAGAUUAUACCUGCGGUUCAUGGCCGCGAUGGUCCUCUGCUGACUACUACGAACGGCUUCCCCUUCCCCUUCGACGACCUGGUCCUACAGACGACCAAGAUCCAGUCCGGCAGUUCAAACUUCUCCUUCAAUCAGGACGUUAAUUCCGGUGAUCCGAUCGGUACUUCAUACAUCCAGUCGACAACCGGAGGAGGAGCCAGGAGUAGCGCGGCCUCCGCCUAUUUGCAUCCCGCGCUGAAUCGGGAUAACCUGCACGUUCUUCUUGGGGCGCAAGUCACCAAGCUAGUUGAGGUUGGCACGUCUGGCACUGGGCAGCCACCCGAGCUGCGAGAUGUUGUCUUCGUGAUCGAUGAUGCCAGCGUCGAGUACACGGUACGCGGGAACAAGGAGGUCAUCCUUGCCGCUGGUGCGGUGAACACACCCCAAGUACUCCUCCUGAGCGGGGUCGGCAACGCGUCCGAGCUUGCGAGCUUGAACAUACCUACGACCAUCAACUUGCCUGCUGUUGGAAAGGAGAUGCAGGACCACCCACUUCUGUCAGUUCAGUGGACAACUGAUUCGACCGAGACGCUCGAUGCGGCGCUGCGCAACGCCACAGUUCUGGAGGAGUUCCUCGACGAGUGGGAGACGAACCGCACGGGGUACUACACAGACAUCACAUUCAACUUCUUUAGUUGGUUGCGCUUCUCGGAGGAUACGGCCGCCCUUGCAUCCUUCAAUGAUCCCUCGGCUGGCCCAACGUCUGGUCAAGCUGAACUCGUGCUCAUCGAUAACUUCAGUUCCUUUACUGAGCCAUCGCCAGACAAUGGCACGUAUUUGAGCAUGGUAGUCAACGUCGCGUCUCCAGCUUCGCGUGGAAGUGUUCGUUUGGCGUCCUCGGAUCCUCUAGACUUCCCACUGAUUGAUCCUGGGUACUUCACCGAUGACUACGACGGGAACGCCAUGGCUGCUACACUGUGUCUCGCAGAGGACUUCUUGGAAUCGAGCCCGUGGGCUAGUAUGAACUUGCGGCGGUUCGGCUCGUGGGCCAAUGCUACUACCGACGCCGACCUCAUCGAUAUGGCUCGCUCGCGCGUGACGUCGUUCUGGCAUCCAUGCUGUACUGCAAGGAUGGGCAAGGACGACGAUGAUAGUGCAGUUGUCACCUCCAAGCUGCUUCUCAAAGGUGCUGCCGGAGUACGCGUCGUCGACGCGUCCGUAUUCCCUUUCAUACCCGCUGCCCACCUUCAGGCUCCCGUAUAUGCUAUUGCCGAACGCGCGGCGGAUAUCAUUCUGCAAACAUACGCGGUGUGA